AUUGACAGGCCUAUCCAUGACCAAAUUGGUGACAUUGGUGACAAUCUUCUCAGGUUGAGUUCUUCGGUGUAAUCUAAGCUAUACUCACUCGCAACAUUCUGAUAGCUAAUACUUGCUUGGCGAAUAAAAAUCUCUACCGAGGAUGAAGAGCCUUUGCGGGGCUUCCAAAGAUGAUAAAUUCGUAGAAUUUUGGAAGAGAGAGAUUGGCUUAUCGGUCUCCAGAACUUUCUCUCGCCGAAUCGCGGCUUCCGAGGGUGUGGUGAAACAACUUGAUUUGUAUGGAAAAUUAAAAGGUCAUCAGGGAUGUGUUAACACAAUCAGUUUCAACUCACUCGGCGACACUCUGGUGUCUGGCUCGGAUGACAAACAAGUAAUUUUGUGGGACUGGGCAACAAAGACAUCAAAAUUAUCAUAUCCAUCAGGCCACUUUGAUAACAUCUUCCAGGCCAAGUUCAUGCCAUUCACCGAUGAUCGUAACAUUAUCACUUCAUCUGCUGAUGGCCAGGUUAGGCUUGGCCAAGUGUUAGAGAAUGGUGAUGUAGACACAAAGAGGCUGGCAAAGCACGGAGGUCGAGUACACAGUCUUGCUGUGGAACCGGGAAGCCCAUACAUAUUUUACAGUUGUGGUGAAGAUGGGUUCGUUCAACAUUACGACCUUCGAAGCAAUUCUGUCAAAAAGCUCUUUCGUUGCUCACCGUUAGUAGGAAACAACAAACAGUCCUCAAAUGAUAGCAUACGGUUGAACGCUAUUGUUAUUGACCCGCGGAAUCCCAAUUUUUUCGCUGUGGGAGGCUCUGAUGAAUUUGCACGUGUAUAUGACAUCAGAAAAUGUCAGUCGCAUGCAAAGACCACCAAUCCUUUAAAUGCAUUUUGCCCUCGUCAUCUCAUCCAGACAAAUGAUUUUCAUGUAACGGCAUUGGCGUACUCUAACACAAGUGAAUUGCUCGUCUCCUACAACGACGAACUGAUAUAUCUGUUCCAGAAGAACAUGGGGUUGGGUCCUGAUCCUCCUUUAUCUGCGGCACGUGAAGAUAAAAGUAGCAUUGAAGAGCCUAUGGUUUAUUCAGGGCAUAGGAAUUUGCGGACAAUCAAAGGAGUGAAUUUCUUUGGCCCAAAUGAUGAAUAUGUUAUUAGUGGGUCCGACUGUGGUCACAUAUUUAUGUGGAAGAAGAAGGGAGGAGAGCUUGUCCGUCUGAUGAAAGGUGAUAAGGACAUAGUAAAUCAGCUUGAGUCUCAUCCCCAUAUUUCUCUUCUUGCUACCUCUGGGUUAGAAAAGAGUAUUAAGCUGUGGGCUCCCUCAUCAAAGGACAUAACUCCAUUGCCAUGUAAUUUUCAAGAGAUAAUGGAUGCCAAUAAGCAAGGCAGAGAGGGCCCUUCGCUGGUCACACUUACCCCUGACAUGAUAUUGCAUAUUUUGCAUUUGAGUAGGAUGCAAGCAAUGCCUUUUCUCGAGGAACACUAUGAGAGAGGGGAGGCUGCGGAGAGUGAAGAAGAAGGUGGAGGUGGUGAUGAUGCUAUUGAUUUUGGAUAUUCUGAAGAUGAUGAUUCCGAGGAAGGAGGGAAUUCCAUAGAGUGUGACGUCGGCUAGAUCAAUGGGUUUAAUUAUAUAGUUUAUGUAAGCAUUAUAUUUGAAAGCAACAAAUAGUUGCAUGGUUUUCCUGUAUAUUUUCUUACCUUCCUAAAAUGAAUGUCUAUUAUUAUGAUUUAGGGAUAAGGGUCAGAUAGGGCCUCGAACUUGAAAAAAAUGUCAAAUAAGGCCAUAUUUAGGAUGCUCUGUCCGGCCGACGCCAUUUGGGGUGUUUCCCGGUGGAAUUUUUUGAUGAUUUUUUUUGAGAAUCUUAUUCAUUAAGUCUAGUUUACUCAUAUCAAAUUUGAACUAACAAUUCAAUCGGGAAGGCAUUCAAAUGAAUUCAUGAAGAUAACUGCGCUUUUAACGGUACAGUUAUCUUCAAGAAUUCAUUUGAAUGCCUUCCCGAUUAAAGUUUUAGUUCAAAUUUGAUAUGAGUAAACUAGACUUAAUGAAUAAGAUUCUCAAAAAAUUUCAUCAAAAAAUUCUACCGGGAACCACCCCAAAUGGCGUCAACCGGACAGAGCAUCCUAAAUAUGGCCUUAUUUGACAUUUUUUUUAAAGUUCGAGACUCUAUCUGACCCUUAUCUCUAUGAUUUAUGAUCAUAGUCAUCUUCCUCCAGUUCCGAC